CGGAAAUGCGUGGCUCCGGGCCGUGGCCGCCCGCCCCCCUCCCUCGGGCUCUUUAAGGCCGGCGGUUUUCGCAGCCAGCCCGGGGCGGGGAAAGCGGAGCGCGCGCCCCACGCGGGACCGCCUCCCGAGCCGUAAGUACCGGCGUGGCGGCGCCUCAGCCCGGCCGAACCCUGGGUGCUCCGCCGGGCAGCUCACGGCGCCCCGCAUGGCCUGGGGAUCCUGAGAGGCCCUGUGACCCUCCUCGCCUGGUCUCCCUCUCACCCCUGGAGGGUUGCCGCAGCUCCGGGGCCCGCGGGCAGGAAGGGCGCACUGGUUGUCCCGGGAGAGGGGUCUGAGCAGAGGGCGGGGUGCAGGCGGGAUGGCCCUCGUGCCCUAUGAGGAGACAACGGAAUUUGGGUUGCAGAAAUUCCACAAGCCUCUUGCAACUUUUUCCUUUGCAAACCACACGAUCCAGAUCCGGCAGAACUGGAGACACCUGGGAGUCGCAGCGGUGGUUUGGGAUGCGGCCAUUGUUCUUUCCACGUAUCUGGAGAUGGGAGCUGUGGAGCUCAGGGGCCGCUCUGCCGUGGAGCUGGGUGCUGGCACGGGGCUGGUGGGCAUAGUGGCUGCCCUGCUGGCACUUAAGUCAUCGAUAAAGCCCUUGCUGGUACACUGCCUUUUAUUCUUUUCAGGUGCUCAUGUGACUAUCACGGAUCGAAAAGUAGCAUUAGAAUUUCUUAAAUCAAACGUUCAAGCCAACUUACCUCCUCAUAUCCAACCCAAAACUGUUGUUAAGGAGCUGACUUGGGGACAAAAUUUGGGGAGUUUUUCUCCUGGAGAAUUUGACCUGAUACUUGGAGCUGAUAUCAUAUAUUUAGAAGAAACAUUCACAGAUCUUCUUCAAACACUGGAACAUCUCUGUAGCAAUCACUCUGUGAUUCUUUUAGCAUGCCGAAUUCGCUAUGAACGGGAUAACAACUUCUUAGCAAUGCUGGAGAGGCAAUUUACUGUGAGAAAGGUUCACUAUGAUCCUGAAAAAGAUGUACAUAUUUAUGAAGCACAGAAGAGAAACCAGAAGGAGGACUUAUAAUUGCCUAUAAUUUAUAAGAAUGUUGUCAUUGAGUGUGUCACUUAAGGUCUUAGACUGCAAAUCUAACCAUAUUUAAUGAAAUGUCUUACUGUACAAAAAGUCUAAACCAAAGGUUCUCAGGGGAGAAAGCACAUGUGCAGUUUUAAAACAAAGCAGUGCUUUGUCCCAUUGCUGUGAUUUUUAGUCAGACUUCACUCAGUCUGAAAUCCAAUUAACAUUAAAGGAUUAAGUGUGAGAUUUUGAUUCAUGCUAUUUCUGUAUCCCAUACUCCUCCCUUUUAAUAAACAGUUUCCAGUGAUGAUAUGAAGGGCUGCUAUAAAGAUGUCUUUAAAUGAGUAAGCGUUCUUUGGUAAGAUUAAAUCUUACAAAUUAUUUUUAAAACCUUCUGAUAUAUACAAUGUUUAGCCGAGUUUUCUGAUUUUCUGGAUGUAAAACAAAAGGUUUAACCUAUACAUUCCUUGAGCUGUUAGUGCUAUUGAAAUCUUUUGCCCUGUUUAGGUCCUAAACACUUAGUUGGUUGAGUAGGGUAUGAGAUUUUUUGGGUCUCAUAUCAUGCUUUUUGCCUUAAUUUCAGAUAUAUAUAUAUAUAUAAAGGAAUUAAGUAAAAAUAAAAUUUCAGUUACUUUUUUAAAAGCACCUGAAAUCUGGCUGGGUGCGGUGGCUCAUGCCUGUAAUCCCACUACUUUGGGAGGCCGAGGCAGGCGGAUCACCUGAGGUCGGGAGUCCAAGACCAGCCUGGCCAACAUGGUGAAACCCCGUCUCUACUAAAAAUACAAAAAUUAGCUGGGCAUGGUGUCAGGUGCCUGUAAUCCCAGCUACUCGACAGGCUGAGGCAGGAGAAUCGCUUGAACCUGGGAGUCGGAGGUUGCAGUGAGCUGAGAUAGCACCAUUGUACUCCAGCCUAGGGGACAAGAACGAGACUCCGUCUCAAAAAAAAAAAAAAAAAAAAGCACCUGAAAUCUUGAAUAGGUUGUCUGUUUCAAGUCAAGAGCUGAGGUUUUCUCCUUCUGUUUUACCCUUGCUCAAAUGUCUUAAUGCAGUUAUUUCCUGAGUUUUCCCUGCUUCCUUAACAAUGCAUAGGAUGACAUUAAAAGUUUUAAAUUUCAUCCCUGCCUCAGAGGUUAGCUUCCCACAUAUAAGCUCCUUUUGUAUUGUACUUGUAAUUGCUCAAUGUUAGUAUUGCUCUGUAGAGUGUAAGCUCCUUGAGGGCCAAGAAUGCUUCUGCCUCUUCCAUUGUUGCUUCCCCAGUACCUUCUGUAUAUUUUAUAACCAAAUAAUGAAAAAGAUAUAUUCCAUUUAAA